CUGGUCGAUCCUUCUUACCCAUGCUCAUCUUCAGCGCAUUCAAGACGCUGACGGGCAAGGUCGUGACCGUCGAGCUGAAAAACGACGUGUCGCUCACGGGCACCCUCAAAUCCGUGGACCAGUUCCUCAACUUCCGAAUCGACAACAUGAAGGUGGCAGAGGGAGAGGAGGCGCGAUGGCCACACCUUGCCGCUGUCAAGUCUGCCUUCAUCCGUGGAUCGGUCAUUCGGUACGUUCACAUUCCCGCAUCAGCCGUCGACACGCAGCUCCUUGAGGAUGCAACUCGGAAAGAGGCUGCAUCAGGCAAACGAUAAGAAUGCGGAAUACAUGUCCAGAUGAACGAGCAGAAAAGCGGGUAGAUCACACGAAACAUUGACAUCCCACCUUUGUACCAAUAAUAAACGCA